AUGGCUCUCGAAGAGCUUUCUGAUGCGCAUGCCAUUAUACUAGCCACUCAACUCUGUGCAGAUGGUAAUGUAGCGGAUUUGCCUAUUCUACAGGCCCGGUUUCCCCAUUGUUUUCCGUUGGAACGCCUCCUGCGCAUCAUCUUGACCUUUCUCCCAGAGUGCACAGAGCCCUCUCGGUAUAUCUCAGUGUUACAGGAGUUGGAAAAUAGCUCCAGCCUUUCACCCGAUCGACCGAUCAAUACAUCUGCUGUCCAGGACUUGUCCGAAUCGGUCGCAAGAAAGCGCGUGCGGAAGCUUCAUUUACGGCCGCUGCAACGUCCUGACGAGGAAGACGAGAUAGCUUCAGCAGAUCCUUUGACCAAAUUUCUUAUCCACCGAGCACAUCUGAUUGACUCAGAAACAGCAUUGCAGCCCCUUGUCCUUGAACUCAUCCUCCCGUUUUACGAGAACUCGCCAAUCAUUCGAACAUGGCUGAUAUCGAGCUUAUUACCACUACUCCGACUAAAUUACGAAUUCUAUGCCCAUCGCGACGAAACUCUAUCUCUUGAGAUCUUGGAGUCUAUGGAUGAUCAAACCGCGGUCAACAUUCUUCUGUCUUUGAUGAGCCCCGAAGAAAGUAACAUGGAUCUGGUCAACAACUUGAGGGGUCUGAUUGGACCUUGGCUUUAUGGUGGUAAUAGGUCAAAACGGCGAAGGCUUAAUGAAGCAGCUCAACAGAGUUCAGUUUCUUUGAUUCAAGGCUCCGAGAAACCCCAAGCAACCGAAUUGGCUGGGUGGGAACACGUGAACGAAUGGCUACUGUCGCGGAGUCUUGUCGACCGUGACAGCGUUGUGAGCGCAUUCACUCACUGGGAUGGACCCUCAGAUGUGGACUUGGGGGGAUAUGACAACGCUGGCACGCAAUUCUCCGAAGAGCAGGCGAGAGAUCUACGGGCUCGAUACGGCCAGUCCGGUCUUGCUGUGGUGUAUGCCCAUGCAGACUCAUCGAUCACUGUGUUGGAGGGCUCAUUCCAGGUCUUGACGAGAGUCGCGAAGCUCCUCGUUCUUGAAGACUGCUUGUACCUUGCUCCUGAUUCAGAACUGCCGUCUGUGCACUAUGAUACUGAGUCAAUCUCCUCGACAUCCCGCGCAUCUCUACUACAGAACUCUCUUUUGAGACCGACGAACCCUCUUACAAAACCAUCGCCCUCAUCGAUCUCGUUUCUUAGCGCUUUACUUCUCUCCCUUCGUAUCUUGACUGAGCUUGGUCAUCUGGUUCCCUGCCGCGUUGCGGCAAAUAUGUGCCUUCACAGCACCGAGGAAAUGCAAUUGGCCGAACUCAAAAGUGUGAUAGAUUCUGCUGUGAAGCAAUCGAACGCAAACCAAGACUGGUCUAUGAUUCGACAACGAUUACUUUGGCUUCAAGAUUGGCAGGCGGAACACUCAGAUAACGCCUGGGAUGAACCUUCACCGUACCAUGGACUUUUCUGGCGGAUCUCGCACGACACGGUUGAGGUAGAGAUCCUGAAAGCGCUGCUGGCAGCUAAGGAGUAUCAAUUGGCUAUCGAUAUUUACAUCAACUCUAAAUCAGCGCCGCUUAACCCUGCCCAGGUGGAAGCUGCAGUCCAAGAAUCCAUAUUCACAGUGUAUGAUAAUGCAAGCAACGGAAACAGAACCCGGGGAGGAAUGAAGAGAGCUUAUGACAUUUUACAAUCAUUCGAAUCGCACUUCCCAGAGUCUGUUGUAUUCAAACAAAUCCACGCCUUAAUAGCCGCAACACACGCACUCUCAUACUACUCGCUGACCCUGCAACAUGGUGUUCCAUUCCAGCCUGUCAGCAUUCGUGUUCAUCACGAUCCCAUCCUCUUAAUUGAGAAAGUACUCGAGCAAAACGCGAAGAGCUACACCAAACUAGACGACCUUCUGUCUAUUGGACGAAACCUAGUAGCUGCAGGCGUUCCCACGCAGCGGGCAUCGCACGAAGCCGAAGACGAGCCAGCUCACCAUAAACCACCGAAGGAGCACGCUAUUCUUACCGCAGAACGCCGCAUCACCUCCCUAGCAAUUGCCUCCGCUCUAUCCUCCAAUGAUUUCGGCACAGCCUACUCCUACAUCCUAACCCGACUAACGCCACCGUCCCUCCUCUCAACCUCCUCACCCCUCCUAAACACCACCUCUGUCCCCGACGACAUCACCUGGCGCGCCGUAUAUAACGCAGGUCGCUACCGCGCUACAACACCAACUCAUCCACCCCCCACCCUCCAAUCCCAAAUCUCGCACCUCUCUCAGCGGAUGGAACUCCUCUCCCUCGCCCUUGUUCUCGUCCCGUCCCCAGACCCGCUCCCGGAAAUUCUCGGCGCCUGGCGACGCUGUGACGAAGAACUGACCUCGCUGCGCGCGCAAGAGCAGCAAGAAGAAGAUCUCUGGGACAGAAAAGGAGAUACACUGACCUCCGUCCCGGGCGGAUUCGGACCCUCAGACUCAGAACGUGAUGCCUUUGACACCGAGCAGCAACGCGCGGCACGACGUGCGCGCGCUGCAAUGCCUAACUCCCAUCGCCACGAGGCGCCCAUGGGUCUAUUUGAGGUUGCUCGUGGCGCGGCUUUAGCGUUGCACAAGAAUGCUUUCCCGUUGAGGGGUGCUGCUGAUGGUUCGGCGUCGGUUGCCCCUCGGGACGACGAUCGGCCGCUGUCGCCGGAUAGUGAGGGCCGUGUUAGGAAGAGGGAUAUGGUUAGCAAUAUGAUGACCGGGGGAUUGGUCAGUGGGAUUGGCUGGGUUCUUGGCGCUGACCCGGUGAGCAAGAAAUAG